CGCCCCCUCGCCCUCUGACCCCUUCACGUGUGUGAGGCCUAGGUUAGACCCCGGCUCCGGGUCCGUCACGCAAGAUGAAGACGAGGUUCAGCACCGUGGACGUGCGGGCCGUGGUGAGCGAGCUGCGGCGCAGCCUGCUGGGGAUGCGCGUGAACAACGUCUACGAUGUGGACACUCGGACAUACUUGGUCCGACUGCAACGGCCUGACGCCAAGGCUGUGCUUCUCAUCGAGUCUGGCACGCGGCUUCACACCACCGAGUUUGAGUGGCCCAAGAACAACAUGCCCUCCGGCUUCUCCAUGAAGUGCCGUAAACAUCUCAAGUCGCGGCGCCUCGUGAGCGUAGAGCAGCUGGGCACAGAUCGCGUCGUCGACCUCCAGUUCGGCUCCAACGAGGCGGCGUACCACCUCAUCGUGGAGCUCUACGACCGGGGCAAUGUUGUGCUGACGGACCACGAGUUCACCAUCCUGAACCUGCUGCGGUUCCGCACGGACGAGUCGAUGGACGUGAAGCUGGCCGUGCGCGAGCGCUACCCUCGCGACGCCGCCGCACUCGCGGUGCAAGCACCGCUCUCCGUGGAGCGGCUGACGGAGAUCCUCGAAGCGGCAUCGAAGGGCGACCAACUGAAGCGGGUGUUGAACCCCCACAUGACGCCUGGUCCUGCGGUCAUUGAGCACUGCCUCCUGCAGGCCGGCCUCCCCGAGGGGGCCAAGUUGGGCCAAGGGUUCGAUCUCACACGAGAUCUGCCCAAGGUCCUGCAGGCCAUCGCCCUGUCGGAGGAGUUCAUGGAGAGAGCCAGCGACUUUCAGGGAAAGGGCUACAUCAUCCAGAAGCGAGAGAAGAAGCCGAGCGUCGACGCAACGCAGCAGCCCGAGGAGCUGCUCACGUAUGAGGAGUUCCACCCAUUCCUGUUUGCGCAGCACUCACGCGGGCCCUACCUGGAGAUGGACAGCUUUGAUAAGGCCGUGGAUGAGUAUUUCUCCAAGAUGGAAGGCCAGAAGAUCGACAUCAAGGCACUGCAUCAGGAGAAGCAGGCACUCAAGAAGCUGGAUAACGUGCGCAAGGACCACACGAGGCGGCUGGACGCCCUGCAGCAGGCGCAGGAGGAGGACCGGCGCAAGGCGGAGCUGAUCGAGGUGAACCUGCUGGUGGUGGAGCGCGCCAUCACGGUGGUGCGCAGUGCCCUGGCCAACCAGCUGGACUGGGCCGAGAUCGGCGCGCUGGUGCGCGAGGCCAGCGAGCAGGGCGACCCCGUGGCCUGCGCCAUCAAGGCCCUGAAGCUCAACACCAACCACAUCACCAUGGCGCUCAGUAACCCGUACACUGGGGCUGGUGGUGAGGACGGCUCGGACGGUGAGGCCGGCGAUGGAGAGGCCGUAAAAGCGACAAAGCAGCAGCACAAGCGGCAGAAGCCACAACAGGGGCGCCCGGCGCUCAUCGACAUCGACCUGAGCCUGUCCGCCUACGCUAACUCCAAGAGGUAUUACGAUCACAAGAGACACGCCGCCAAGAAGGAGCAGAAAACCAUUGAGGCAUCAGAAAAGGCAUUCAAGUCUGCCGAGAAGAAGACGCGACAGACUCUCAAGGAGGUGCAAGUCGUGAGCUCCAUCCAGAAGGCGCGCAAGGUCUACUGGUUCGAGAAGUUCCUCUGGUUCAUCAGCUCGGAGAACUUCCUGGUGAUCGCUGGCCGCGACCAGCAGCAGAACGAGAUGAUCGUCAAGCGCUACCUGCGAGCAGGAGAUCUUUACGUUCACGCUGAUCUGCACGGAGCCACGAGCUGCGUCAUCAAAAACCCCACGGGAGAGGCGGUGCCCCCCCGCACGCUCACGGAGGCUGGCACGAUGGCCGUGUGCUACAGCGCCGCGUGGGAUGCCCGUGUCGUCACCAGCGCCUGGUGGGUGCACCACCACCAGGUCACCAAGACGGCGCCCUCCGGGGAGUACCUCACCACGGGCAGCUUCAUGGUCCGCGGUAAGAAGAACUACCUGCCUCCUUCUUACCUCAUGAUGGGGUUUGGAUUCCUGUUCAAGGUGGACGAGUCUUGUGUCGCUCGUCACAAGGGGGAGCGAAAGGUCAGAGUUCAGGACGAGGACCUGGAGUCGGAGGCGAGGGAAGCGGGGCGAAUCAUGGAGGAGGCGUCCGUCGACCUGGAGGAGGUACCCUCUGAUGGGGAGGAGGAGGAGGGGGCGGCGGGAGACAGGGAGGGAGGAGGCCUCCCUGCCACCCAAUCAGAAGACGCCGUCUCGGCCGCCCCCUCCGCUCAGGGUGGCCCCCCACCCCCCAAAGAGGAAGACAGCCAAUCGGAGGGCUCGCAAGAGGAGGAGGAGGUGAGGGUGCAGCCAGGCAGCGGGGACUCCGAUGGCGGGGGCGAUAGUGGCGGGGAGAUGGAUUUCCCCGACACGAACAUCGACCUGUCUCACCUGGCUCAGCCGUCUCACCUACACAUGCACAGGCCCGGCAUGGCAGCUGGGCCCGACGGAGUGCCAGCGAGCACAUCACAAGCCUCGGAGAUGCAGGGAGACGCACAGAGAGAUGACAAAUCCCGGAAACAUCUCUCUGCCAAGGAGCGCAGGGACCUUAAGAAGCAGAAGAAGCAGCCAGGGGCUCAGCCAGGGCUCGCCUGCAGCUCAACCCCGCAGGAUUUGGAAACGCCCCCCUCGGACCCCGCGGACCCCUCGGACCCCGCGGACCCCCCUGCUGCUGCUGGAUCCCAGGCCGAGGCGGAGAGGGUGACCGGAGAGGGUGAGAAGCUGGGGGGGGUGGCCCAGCCUGCCCACAAACGUGGCCAGAAGGGCAAGUUAAAGAAGAUUCGGGAGAAGUACGCGGACCAGGAUGAGGAAGAGCGGAAGCUGAGGAUGGAGCUGCUCGGGUCGGAGGGGAAACCAAAGGAACCCAAACACAAAAAAGGCAAGGGGAAGAAGGAUGAGCGCGUGAAACAUAAGCCCGCGCCACGCCCAAUCAACAUCCAGCCUCAGGGUCAGGUGACCCCCGUGGAGCAGGCUGCCAAUCAGCUGGGAGACGUGACGGUCUCCUCUGAGCAGCAGGGGGGCGACGCGGAGGACAAGGACCCGGACGACGGAGAAACGGAGCAGGCCGCAGUCGAGGACGCGGAGGCUGUGCUGGACUCUUUGACCGGGCAGCCAGAUGCAGACGACCUCCUCCUGUUUGCAAUCCCGACCUGCGCCCCCUACACAGCCAUGACCAACUACAAGUUCAAGGUGAAGCUUACACCUGGUGCCCAGAAGAAAGGCAAAGCUGCCAAGACGGCCCUGCACAGCUUCCUCCACGCGCGCGACACCACGGCGCGGGAGAAGGAUCUCUUCAAAAGCGUCAAGGACACGGACUUGUCCAGGAACGUUCCAGGCAAGGUGAAGGUCUCCGCUCCGAACCUGCAGGCCACCAAGCGCAAGUGAUUCCAGCUCCUGGGCACCACCACCAUCACCGCCGACGGCCAGGCACCUCGCACCCUCGCCUGCGCUCGCGGCCUGCGCCACACGCCUGGCCACAAUGGCCAAUACCUUGCUACUGGUGUGAGAUCAAAU